AUGCAUCGCUCUAGCAAUUCCAAGUCUUCGAAGGGUGGCCACAACCGGACUUCAAGCAACAGUUCGGGAGCUGGAAGUAUUUUUUCAAAUUUGAAGAAACUAACUGGUGGUAAUAAUAGUAAUAAUAACGGUAAUUUCAAUGCCGACAGAGACUCCAACUCACACAAGGUAGACAUUUCAGACGUCUCUUCGCCAACAAAGAUCAGUCUGCCCAACGCAGGUGAGUUUUCCCACAAACCUCUGAGCAAGCAGCCAACGCUAAACUUGGCCAGUUUGUCAGCGUAUACGGACGCUAACAACCCUCACAACCGUUCAUCUUCCAACGUUUCCACGGGAUCCCCCACCAAAUAUUCCUACUCCCGUAGAACCUCCCAAUGGUCUAGCAAUGUACCGAAUGCCGGUGCCAACGGACCCAGGCUUUCUCGGCAGCACACAAACCAAAGUCUAUCGUCCGCUAGCAUUUUCUCACAGGGUUCAACUUCCAAUCUCUCUCGAUUCAUGGGAUCAGACGGGAGCAUACGUCUAGAGAAGCCACGGGAUCCGCGCGAAAUUGAAGAGCUUUUUGAAGAAGUUCUGUACAAACGAAACGUCUACCAAAGUCUGCCGGCCGCUGCUCAAAAGGAACUUAACAGUUAUGAUCUAGAUAAAAAGUGGCUGAUGGUGAAACAGGACUUACAAUCGGAACUCAAAAAACUCAAAAACAAAAAGGGUAGUAGUGGGAGGUCACCUGCACCUUCAAUCAUCGGCACAGCCGCUGCAAGCAGCGACUCCCAACCAUCGUCCAACAUGAAUUUAGCCAAUGCCGUCUCUAUAGACGAAAGCCUGGCUGGUUUAGAUCGCUCUAAGACAUCCGCCAUUGGAGCGGCAGAUCAGUUGUAUGGCUCCAAGAAUGGAAAUUCGAGUACUAACACACUGUCCCAAGACCCAUCUCAUCUUCCGCCUGACUACUACGUCAGAAAAAUUAUUUGCAACGACAUCACGGCCAAACGAUUGAACGAUUUAUGGGUUUCUCUGCGAACGGAGCAACUGGACUGGGUUCUUGGAUUCUUGGAUGCUCAAGGGCAAGUGGCGAUUGCUAACGUCAUUACAAAAACUUGUUAUAGAGAGUCUCCUGAAAACCUUUUGAGCGAUGAAGUUCUCGACAAGGAGUUCGCUUAUUUCAAGUGUCUGAAAACGAGUUUGAAUUUAAAAGAGGGUGCUGAUGAAGCAGUAUUGUCAAGCAGUGCCAAAAUAAUCACGUCCGCCAUCGUGGAGGGUCUCUUAUCGCUGCGUGUAGCCACGCGGCGAAUAGCCUCAGAGUUAUUGUUGUCUUUAAGUCAGUGGGCCGUACCGCAUGGUUUCAACCAUAUUAUAAAUUCGCUAGAGCAAGAGUCCAGAUUCUGCGAUAACGUCCACUUGCAAGCCCGGUUACUCACCAAAUCGCCCAGUAAGGGCAUUUCGACAGAUCAACUUUCAGAGGACAACGGAAAUCGCAUCAUGAAAAAAAUGGAGCAAUGGAUGCUGGUGGUUGAGUUCACAUUAGAUGGAAGAGGAAAGAUGGGCUCGCUGGUGGGGGCCUCUGAUGAUUUCAAGACCUCUGGCGGUGAAAAUGCUAUUAUGGAAUAUGCCUAUCUUUCCAUAUUGCUUGUUAACCAUUUGUGCAGAACGCCAGCCGAUGUCAAGCAACGGACGCUCGUCCGCUCUCGAUUGAAAAAUGCUGGAUUACCAAGAAUUUUGAACAAGAUGAAGCUGCUGAAAUAUGAAAAAGUUGAUCAAGAGCUUACCAUUUUUGAGGAUAGUACCGCCGAUGACUUCGAUGCGCUGUACGCUCACAAUUCCAAUUUUAAGGGCAUUGAUAUGAAAGAUCCCGUUUCCUUGGUACAGAGUCUUUGGAAUCUUUGCAAAGGCUCCGAGGAAGAGCAGCAUUUGACGUCCCUGUUGCAAAAUCUCUUGAUCGGUGCUGGCGAAUUGGGCGCCAAAAGUUCUGAUAAUCUAACUCAAAGAGCUAAACAAUUGAAACUAGUUGAUGCAUUAGUUUCCAACGUUUCGUUGGCUUCUGUGGAUGUUCAAUCUUCGUUCAACAGUGCCUUGCAAAGGCUUUACGAUGCAAUGCAAACGGACGAAAUUGCGAGGCGUGCCAUAAUGGAGAACAGGGACUGGGUCAAGCGCUACGAAGAAAUGAAAGCAGAACGCGAUGUGUUGCAAACCAAGUUGGCCAGCGCUGAGGAUGGUUUAGUUGGCCAAUUGCAGGAAGAACUGAGACAGCGGGACCGCAUUUUGGAGAAAGGCCAGCGGGUGACUCUUCAGCUACAACAAGAUCUCGAUGACUUAAAGAAAAAGUCCUUACUUGCUAAACAUCAGCACGAAGUCGAACUUCGGACAGCCCUCACAGCCCUGAACUCCCGUCCAGCGGCAGAAAAUGUGGAGCCAAUGCUGGAGACUGAAACUGGACCUCAACCUUUGAAGUCGGAGAGGAAGAUGGCAAUCCAGAGAGCUUUGCAGGCUAAACUUGAAUCAACAUCCAAAGAAAUCAAUGUCGAAUCCAGGAGACAUGGAAUCGCAGUCAAACCAAACAAAAGGCUCAGAAUGUUGCGGUCUCGUAUGGAAGAUAUCGAAAACCAGGCUCGUGAGCUUGAAAUGACCAAUUUUUCUGAAUAUCAUGAUGAAACGAUUGAGACGGAAUUGGCCGAGGAUCCUCCAAUUGUUCCCGAGAACGAUCAAAGCGAUGCAGAUAGUACCAAAAAUUCUGUUGUUAAGCUUCAAGAACUUCGUAGCAAGCUAGCCCUGCUUCAACAAGAAAGUAAUGAAAUUUCUAAAUUCAAUGUUGAGGGCAGAAUGAAUGAAAUUUUCGGUAACCACAAAGCUGCAGCCUUGGACAGACUCAAGAAGCUUGAGAAUGACUACAAAGAUUUUGGCAUAAAUUUUAACCAAGACUCUUUGGAGAAUACGUCUCGCGAAGAGCUUCUUGCUACAUUCAGCCAAAAAAAUAGAACUUUGGAUCCCAAAGAAAUUCAAAGCUUGAAUGAUGAAGUAUCAACGAUUUUGACUGACCUAGAUGCGCUCAAGACGAGGCAGUCACCAAAUGAAAACACUCAUUCAGAACAGGCAUCGACGUCGGAUUCGUCAGAAGAGGAGAAAGAAGUUUCGACCGCUGAUAGUAAUGAAGCACCGUCGGCAUCGUUCCUUAUGGGACUUUCCCAAAAGUAUGGCACUGGGACAGGGUCCCAACUUAACAAUCGUUCAUCUGCGGCUGCUCGAGAUUCGACAUAUCCUGGGAGCGGGUAUCACAGGAAGUCAUUUAUGAAUCGUGUCAAAAGGUCGGAUCCUGCUCCAUACUUGAACGAAUUGUCUGGCAAAUUUGAUCUUCAUACCGAUCACUCACAGGACGAUAAAUCAACGCAAGAAAAUAAGAUAGGGAUUGGUAUAAUGAUGGACCAAAAGAGCGAUUCUACCACUACCGAUGCCAUAAGGUCAUUCUCGCCACCUGCUGUGGCCGGUGACGGCUUUGCAAGCAGAACAGGCAAUUCUUAUCGUACACUCGCUAAUAAAACUCCUCGCGGAAGAGUAAAGGACUCAGAUGAAAAGGAAGACCAUGAGCCUUUGCUCGUCAACAGCAAUAAUGGCUCUUCUCCUCGAGAACUUUCAGCAAACCAAUCGCCUUCUUCCCCUCCUCCCCCUCCACCACCUCCUCCACCGCCUUUGCAGCUGUUCGCUCAACAGGGAAGCGUUAUUGCGAAAAACGAGACGGCAGCGGACAAAUCGAUGGUGAGCACUGUGAAGUCGUCAAACGUGCCUCCGCCGCCGCCACCACCGCCGCUGCCUCCCUUGAUGGGUACAUCUUCAUCAGCUCACAAAACUGGUACUCCUCCACCUCCCCCACCGCCACCGCCUCCCUCUCUUCUAAAUUCUACCAGCACGGCUUCAGGUGGCCCGCCACCACCACCACCGCCACCACCACCACCAUUUGGUGGGUCGCAAUCGACUAUUAGAACUGCUGCUCCUUCUCCAUUGCUUCCUCAGUCGCCGUCCCUAUUUGAGAAUUAUCCACGUCCUACGAAAAGGCUGAAACAGCUGCAUUGGGAGAAAAUCGAUGAUGCCGAAGAUUCCAUCUGGAAGAAUGCAAAAGCUGAAAAGUUCGCAGAUGAUUUGUACGAAAAGGGUGUUCUAUCGAGACUUGAAAAAGCAUUCGCGGCCAGGGAAAUCAAGUCUCUGGCUAGUAGAAAGAAGAAGGACGCCGAUAAAAUAUCUUUCUUGUCGAGGGAUGUCUCACAACAAUUUGGUAUCAACCUGCACAUGUAUUCAUCUCUUACUGUUCAAGAGCUGGUUACAAAGAUUCUCAAAUGUGAGAGGGACUUCUUAUCAACUCCAAGUGUAAUCGAAUUUCUAUCGAAACAAGAAAUUGUCGAGGUUUCCAACAACUUGGCCAGAAACUUUGCUCCCUAUACUGUCGAUUGGGAAGGUGUGAAAUCUUUGGGCGAGGCCAAACCGCCAGAAAAAGACCCCUCGGAGCUUCAAAGAGCUGAUCAAAUAUAUUUGGAACUCUUUGUUAACCUACAGAGCUAUUGGUCUUCGCGCAUGCGUGCAAUUAAGGUCAUUACAACAUAUGAGAGGGAGUAUAACGAGUUGGUAGAGAAGCUGAGGUUGAUUGACAAGGCCACAUGUGCUAUUCAGCAAUCUGAAAGUUUGCGUAGCAUUCUGGACAUCAUCUUAGCAGUGGGUAAUUUUAUGAACGAUUCCUCAAAACAGGCACAGGGGUUCCGUCUCGCAACACUGCAAAGACUCACAUUCAUCAAAGAUGAAAAAAAUAGCAUGACGUUUUUGCACUACGUCGAAAAGAUUAUAAGGGAGACGUAUCCUGAGUUCAAUACGUUUAUUCAAGAUCUUGAACCUGUCACCGCUGCAGUCAAAAUUUCAAUCGAGCAAGUCGCUCAAGAGUGCAACGGCUUUUCGCAAGCCGUUCUAAACGUUGAAAGGUCUAUCGACAUCGGAAACCUCAGCGAUCCCCUCAAAUUUCAUCCAAAUGACAGAGUCUUGAUGAAGGUCCUUCCGGUUCUUCCGGAAGCCAAGAAGAAGGGUGAACUUUUGGUGGACGAAAUGAAACUGACUCUUAUGGAGUUCGAUAAUCUUAUGAAGCUUUUUGGCGAAGAUCCGGUCGACAAGUUCUCUAAAAACUCGUUUUUCAAGAAGUUCUCAGACUUUUUGUUGGAGUACAAGAAAGCACAAAGCUUCAACCUGAAAAUCGAAGAAGAGGAGAGGGCAUAUGAGAGAAGGAAAAAGAUGGUAGAAGACCAACAGAAGAGGGCUGAAGAAAAAGAGCAUCAAGAAGCGAUGCGUAAUAAUAAUGAUAAGGAUGACGACAGUGACAAUUCGGCGGCAAACGGAGAUAGAUAUGUUAUGGACAAAUUGCUGGAAAAACUCAAGAACGCCGGCCCUGCCAAAAGUGACCCUUCUUCCGCCAGAAAACGCGCAGUUGCUCGUCGCAAGCUAUUGCAGAGCGGCUCUCAAAAUGCCACGAUUCUUGACAAUUUCGAAGCCGACAGUACGAAUGACAAAUUAUUUACAUCGCCAUCUGGCGAUGAUGUUGCAGUCGAGGACGGGGAGCUUGAGGCCUCUCCGACCCCGGAGUCCAGACAAGAGCGAUCUAUUUUGGAAAAGGAUUCAGAGUCUGUUCCGAACAGAGCUAGAGAUCUCUUGUUUGAGCUGAGAGGCACUGAGUCACCAGGGAACCGUUCGGCUGCAGAACACCGUAAGGAUCGUUUAAGGACGAGGCGAACCAGAGAAAGCGUCGACCUAUCGCAUAAUUCUGAGAAUAGACUUAAGUUCGUUGCUAAGGAUGUCAAGGGCACGCUUAGUGAAGCAGUCGACGAUGGCAAUUGCCUAAACACACAUUCGCAAGCCACAACUUCGUCUAAUUCUGAUCAAGUAGAGCAUGCAUCUAUUGAAAUUGAUGCAAAUGAUGAAGACGGCGAUGAAGCCUCAGAUACCAAUAACAAAUCACUACCGGGAGGCAAUAUCUCUCAUGAAACAAUCAAAGAGCAAACUCCAGAUUCCGACAGCGCAGAAUAUCUCGAUGCAUCAUGA